AUGGAUAGUUUGUAUGGUGAUUUACCACCUCCAGUUUCUAGUAAUAAAAAAACAGGAGGAAAUAAUGAAAAGAAAAAUUCGAUAAAUGAAGAUAAGAAUAAUUAUAUUGAUUUCAAUAAAUUUUUAAUAACUCCAGCUAUUGUUCAAAAAAAAAUUGCAAAUAUAAAAAAGGAAAACAAAGAAUUGAAAAAACAAAAUUCAAGUAAUGAAGAUGAACAAAAUGAAGGACAAAGUGAUGAUGAAGAAGAUAUAUUCUGUAACCAUGUGAAAGAAGGAAAUGUCAAAAAUAAAGAUGAAGAAAAUAAUUUAAAUAUAGAAAAAAAAGCAAAAAUAAAUGAAAGUACGAAUAUAGAAAUUAUCAAUAUAAAUAAAUCAAUUCAAGAUGAUUUAAAAAAAAUUAGUGACCGGUUAAAUAAAAUUCAACAUAAUUAUAAAAAUGAACAAGUAGCUAUAAAUAAUAACAAAAAUAAUCAAGAAAUAUUUAUUAACAACAAUUUUGAAACAAAUAUGAAAAAUACAAAAUCUAAUAAUUAUCAAAUGGAUAAUCUUAUAAAUCAUGAAAAUAUUGGAAAUGAUACAUUUCAAUAUGAUUUAUAUGAAAAAUAUUUCAUAUCAAAUGCAAAUGAAGAUUAUGAACCAAGUAAGCCUAAUGAUCUUAUUAAAAUAAUAAAAGAAAGAAAAAGGAAAAAAAUUAUUAUGCUAGCUGAACAGAAGAAAAAAUUAGAAAUGGAAGAAAUGGAUGAUUCUCCAGAGAAAGAUACAAAUAAUGUAAAUUAUAAUGAAAGAAAAAAUUAUAAUAUAAAUUCAUUACAUAAUAUUGAAUUAGAUCAUGAGAAUAAGAGGAAAUUGAAUGAAUAUGAUGAAGUAAAAAUAAAUAAAGAAAGAGAUAUAAGAAAAAGUACAGAAAAUAAUAUGUCAAAUAAUUUAUCUCAUGAUGAUGAUUAUACAUAUAAUUUUGAUAAUAUUAAUCAUAAUGAAAAUUCAUAUAAUUCAAAUGAUGAUAAGAAAGAUACAACAACUUCAAAGAAAGAUUUUGCUACUAGAAUGAUGGAAAAAAUGGGUUGGAAAAAAGGAGAAGGCUUAGGUAAAGAUAAACAAGGUAUUAAGGCACCACUCAUUUUAAAAAAAGUAGAUAAAAGAAGUGGGGUUAUUGUACAAGCACCAGUUAUUUUAAAAAAUAAUGAUUCAAAUAAUAAAGGUCAUAAUUUAUCAAUACAAAAUGAAUGUACCAGAAUAGUUCACCUAACUAAUUUAGUUACUCCAGAUGAAGUAGAUGAAACUUUGAAAGAAGAAAUUGAAGAAGAAGCAUCCAAAUUUGGAAAUUUAUUAAAUAUAAAUAUUAUAGUUGAUAAAAAUUUACUUGAUGCACUUGCUGUCAAAAUUUAUUGUGAAUAUGAAUCAAAAGAUCAGGCGCAAAAUGCUCUCAAUACAUUCAAAGGUAGAACAUUUGCAGGAAGAAAAGUCCAAGCCUCUUUUGCUACUGAGGAAGAGUACACAACUCUUGAAAAUAAUGAUUGA